AUGGCCCUCACAAAGAGUCAGAGAAUCGGUAUCUUGCUGGCUAUAGACUCGGUUUUCUUUCUUAUUGAAAUCAUUGUUGGUUAUGCCGUACACUCCUUGGCCCUUGUGGCGGAUUCCUUUCACAUGUUAAACGAUGUUCUAUCUCUUUGCGUUGGACUCUGGGCUGUCCGUGUCGCCAACACUGGAAGCUCAAAGAUGUACACAUAUGGUUGGCAACGAGCAGAGACACUGGGUGCGUUGGUCAACGGAGUCUUUCUAGUUGCCCUGUGUCUGUCCAUCUUCCUCGAGGCUAUCCAGCGUUUCGUCGAACCACAAGUCGUCUCGAACCCGAAACUCGUCCUCAUCGUUGGCUGCCUGGGCCUCGCUUCCAACAUCCUUGGUCUCCUCCUAUUUAACGAGCACGGUCACAGUCACGGCGGGGGAGAUUCUCACGACGAUCCAGUAAAGUCGGCCGAAGAAGGCCAUGGACAUGUCCAUGCCGAUGAGGAGACAGCUGCAGUUGCUGAUGAGAGUGGUAACAUCGCGGAUGUGCUUCCGCAGGUGAGAAUUGCUGGCUUUCAAGGCUCCGACCGCAAGAAUUUCACCAAGUCUGACGAAGACAACACCACAAUCUCCGCAACCUCAUCUCGAACACAGCAACGCAAAUCCAUGAAUGGCGAGGUACACGGGCGACACCGCCGUAGAACGUCGGGCUCCUUGGGUCGUGGAUUCGGCUCGGUGGACAAUAUUCAUGUCCACCCUGCGUCUUUCCGUCAAGAGAUUAUUCAAGCUGCUCGCCUAGAAGAACAAUCGGAUGAAUCAACGGAAGAGGAAGAGGCCUUACUUGACGACAACGAGUCGCCAAAUGAGCGAUCUAAGAUAUUCGCAGAUGGGCACAAGUCUUCCUCUUCGAAGGGCUACGGCAGCAUGGGCAAACGACACAGCAUGGACUACAACCACGCCUCUCACAAUCACAACCAAGCAAAAGACGACUCGCAUGCAGGUCACGGUCACGGUGGUCAUGGUCAUUCUCACGGCGACUUGAACAUGCGAGGUGUUUUCCUGCAUGUCUUGGGCGACGCUCUCGGCAAUAUUGGUGUCAUUGGCUCUGCCCUAAUCAUCUGGCUUACCACUUUCCCCGGCCGAUACUACUUUGACCCAGGUAUCUCUCUCGUCAUCACCAUCAUCAUUCUCUACAGCGCCAUUCCACUUUGCAAGGCAGCCAGCCGUAUCCUACUCCAAGCAGUUCCUGUCGGAAUGUCGGUCGACGAGAUUAGAGCCGACAUCGAGUCUCUGCCCCGUGUGGUUGAGGCGCAUCAUCUUCACGUCUGGCAGCUUAGCGACACCAAGCUCAUUGCGAGUCUGCACGUCAAGGUUGACUGUGACGUCCAAGGCACUGGAUCUGCAAGUUACAUGCAUUUGGCCCGCGAAAUCCGCAGUUGCCUCCACGGCUACGGCAUUCACAGCUCAACUAUUCAGCCAGAGUUCUAUACCGGCAAUCCGGAUGUUCCCGCUGAUACGUCCGACGAUGCCAACCAUCAGGACCCUGGACAGACUGCGUCUGGCAGCAAGGCUGCCAGCGUCAACAGCGAGGGGCGAACCUGCUUACUAGAAUGCGGCGACAGCUGUGCUAACAACAAGAUGUGUUGUCCGACUGACGGAAAGAGUGGAAAGAAAUGA